UCUACAAGGUGGAUUCGGUGACGAGUAAGCUCAAUCUAUCUUUCCAGCAGGAUCAGGAAUUCCAGGAAGAAGAAGACGAAGAAGAAGAAGAAGAGAGAGAGGAAGAGGAGAGAGUAGUUAAAGAAGAGGGUGAAAGGAGGCAAGAUGGGGAGCGGGACGUCACGUUUCCUCGAGGUAGACGAUUUAUUCCGGAAAAAACGGUCGGCCAGCCUUUCCGUCCUAAGGCCUGGGAGAUCGAAAAGGUCCGCCCUUAUCAAAAACAUAAAAUCGAAAAGGAGGAAACGCCUUGGUUUUCUAUCAAAUCAAGGUCAGGAGGUACGUAGUAGAUCACGAAGGUCCGUCGGCAGUGGCAGCAGCAGCAGCAGCACCUUGCCGAAAUUCGCCAGGAAUAAAGACGCCGUCUUGACCACGCCCAAGUUCACGAGGGGCGGCGGCAGCAGCAGAAGCAGCAGCAGCAGCAGUAGGCCUAAGUACGCCGACAGGCAGAGCCGCUCCACCAGCCUCUGGAGGCCGAAGUUCUACCUGACGGCCAACGCCUCCUCCGGCGAGAACGAACGGCAGAAGAGGGACGGCAGCCCGGAGAGGGAAGACGUGGAAGGCGUCGCCGCCCACGGAAGACCCCAAAACGAGACGGAAACCUCCGUCGUCGGUGGGAGAGACUCACCCGCUCACGCGCCAUCCUCCGGGGGCGCGGACCCGAACGAGAACGAGAUCCAGACGGAGGAGGAGGAGAAGAAGGCGAAGAAGAAGAACAGGAAAAACAGGAAAAAUUGCCGAAAAAAGAGCAAAGCGUCGAGAAGUAAAGGGAACGGGGUAGUCGAGGAGGAGGGGGAGGCGGGGAAGGGGGAAGUGGAAGAAGAGGAGGACCUCAAAUGCAAGUCGAAGAAACCGAAGAAGAAACUGGAUAAAGCCGAGAGGCAGAGGAGGAAGCAAGAGAGGAGAGAGAGGAAGAGGAAGAAGAGAGAGCAGAAGCGGAAAGAGAGGGAACGCAAGAGGCUCCUGAGAGAAAAGAAGAGGCAGGAGAGAGAGAAGAGGCGAGGGGUAGAAGGGAGAGGAGGGGGAGUGGAGGAAAGAGAGACUCCCAAAUUCCGAAACGGAACGACGGAAGAAGAAGAAGGAGAAGAAACAACAACAAAAACAUCACCAACGAGUACAACAACAGCAUCCGAGAUUCUAGGAGAGAAAGCACAAGAUCCAUUUGAAGGCGAGCCUUGGGACGGCUAUUCUCCUGACCUUUUUUGGGAAACUGAUAUUGCUGCUGGUUCCUCUGCCCUGAAGGAGGUGUCCGCGGGACCCCCUCUCAACUUCACGGAUCCUCCGAAGUGGCUGGAAUUGGUCGUAGCUGUUGACAACACGGUCAUAGACUUCCACGGGGAGGACGAGGUUGAGAAGUACGUCUUCACUCUCUUCAACAUCGUCAGCGCCAUCUAUGAAGAUCCGUCUCUUGAGUCCUCGAUGGAGCUGGUAAUGCUCAGAAUAAUCUUCUACAAGGACGAACAACAGUCUCAGGUACGUAAAGGACUGGCCAAGAAGUCCUUAGAAGCCGUCAACCGAUGGGCGGAGCGCCUGCAUCGCGUCUCCCCCUUACACCUUCGGCAUGACCUGGCGGUGUGGCUGACGAAGUCGGAUCUCGGGGGCCCCUCUGGCUACGCACCCGUGUCAGGGGUGUGCCAGCCUUCGAGGUCCUGCACGCUGAACAGGGACGAAGGGCUGACCUCCGCUUUCAUCAUCGCUCACGAGAUGGGUCACGUGUUAGGACUCAGCCACGAUGGAGAUCGGGGUGCUGGAAACACCUGUCAGGACGAAGGCUUUCAAGGGUCAGUCAUGGCGCCUCUCGUAGCCGCCACAUUCAGCAGAUUCCACUGGUCGAAAUGUUCCAAGAAAGAGUACCAUGGAGCGGCAGCGCAAUGGAGCUGUAUGUUCAAUAAGCCUCAGUGGAAGAAUGCAACGAAAAUAUCCUCAAGCAUUCAGUACCAGUACUCUCUGGACGACCAGUGCAGAAUGGAGUUCGGGGAAGGAUACGCCCUGUGUCGAACCUUCGGCAUGACCGACCCUUGCACCCACCUCUGGUGCAGCAACAGCUCCGUCCCUCACCUGUGCAAGACCAAAAAGGGUCCUCCGCUUGAGGGCACCAGUUGCGGAGACCAGAAGUGGUGCCGCAACGGAUUCUGCGAAUCGACAACCCACGAGACGGCAGAGUCCGACGGGCAGGCGCCCGUGAGGCACAACCCGCAGGAUGGCGGGUGGAGUACCUGGAGCGACUGGGGUCCUUGCUCGAGGACCUGUGGCACUGGGGUCUCCUUCAAGACGAGAGCUUGCGAUAAUCCUCCGCCAGCCUGGGGAGGCCGCCGUUGCCGAGGAAAGAGGGAGGAAUGGAAGCUGUGUGGCAAAGAGGAGUGCCCAACGCCCCACCACGACUUCAGGGCGCAGCAGUGCAACCUCCUGCAUCGCAUUGCCAAGCUGGAUCCCCGCCGAGCCGCCCUGUCCUGGCAGGCUUACGAGGUCAAGAAACGUCGAAAAAAGUGCAAGAUUUCCUGUUAUAGCCACACCACCAACGAAGUCUAUCUGGGCCGAGAAAACCUGAUAGACGGUACCCCUUGCUCCUAUGAUUCCUCAGAUGAUUUAUGUGUGCAGGGAAAGUGCAUAUCAGUGGGAUGCGACCAAGUCAUAGGAUCGUCUGCAAAAAGAGAUCAAUGUGGAGUCUGCAGAGGUGACGGAGGAACCUGUACCAAACAUGAAGAAGUUUACCAUGAAAUCCCUGGCUUAGGUUACACGACAGUAGCUAUACUGCCAAUUGGUGCAAGAAGUAUUCUAAUUCAAGAGGAGACAUCAACACUGAAUUUCCUCGCACUUUCCAAGAAUUCUUCUGAUUUCAUCCUGAAUGGUGGAAGAUCUCAGGAACCUCCUAAUACUUUUAUUAGUGAAGGAGUCAAAUUUCAUUACACUAGUGAUGGAGAACGUGAAAUACUGGAAGCUAUUGGACCCCUUUUAAAUCCAGUAACUGUAAUGGUUCAUGGAUCACCAGCUCAAGAGCCAGUAAAAGUACUAACCACAUUUUACACACCUGUCAAAGAAGAGUACUUCCAGUGGGAGACUGGUCCAUUCACUGCAUGCUCAGCUACUUGUGGAGGGGGUACAAAACAUGAAACACUAAUAUGCAGAGACAGACGUACUGACCGUGAAGUGUUCCAUGAUCGGUGUAAACAUUUGCCACGACCACCGUUGAAUUCAACCCAGUGUAAUACCUUUGGAUGUGAAGCCAAGUGGAUGGUUGGUCCCUGGGAGCACUGUUCAACAACCUGUGGUCCCCAUGGAGUUCAAGAGCGAAUGGUCUCUUGUGUUACGCUUCCUCAUGCCCAUUUCAAGAACUGGACAGAGGGCAUUGUAGAUCCUCUGAGGUGCCAAGACCACCCAAAACCAAAAGAUACAAGGCCGUGUCGAAGGGAGGCUUGCCCUGCGCAUUGGGAGCCUGUAGGAUGGUCAGAGUGUUCAGUGACCUGUGGUGUUGGUGAACAAGAGCAACUUUUGGAGUGCAUGGGAGGUGGAGGAAACGAGGUCACCUAUGAAUGUGGCCCCCGUCCGAAAGAAAUGCGGGCUUGCAUCAAGCCCUCAUGUUCUCCGCCCCCUUGUCAAAGGGAUGCUUCCGAGUUUUGUCAACUUCCUGUGUUAUACAAGUACUGUAAACUACCCAAAUACAAUAUUCUCUGUUGCCACACGUGUGCCAAUGUGGUUCAUUAAAAACAUCUCUUACAAAUAAAAAAAAAAAGACAGUCGGUAUUUACCACAGGUAUUUGUGCAAGAAUGCUUUUCUUGUUGUUAAUGCAUUGUUUUGUAGAUUCGUUCUUGAAAAGCUAGUUUUUGUGGUGCUGCAGUUACUGUUAUAUACUGUAUAUGUGUAUGUGUAGUUUAUAUGUUGAAGCAUGAAGUUACUUCAGAGAUAAAGGAGUGAAUUUGUAGAGGUGAAUUGUUGCUGGUGCUUGUAACUUUUGUAAUGUAGUAGAAUCUGGUGUUUUGGCUUGCACAGACUGGUAAAUGUUAAUGUUUCUCUUUGUGCAGAGGCCAAGUAAAGGGGCCUAUUUAAAUCCAAGACUAGAUAAAACAGAGAGAAAAGAUGAAAAAUAGUUUUGUGUCACAUAUUAAGAGGCUACCUCUUUCUAAGAGGGGUAUGGUUAUAGAAAUCAUGGACAAUAAAUGAAAAGUUACUCAGUUUCCAUGUGGACUGGAAAAGUGAUGGAGCUGACUUUGACACAUGCAAAUUUGGGUGAUGACAUUCUGCUGGUGGUGAUCCACCCAUAAUUGCCAGAGCGAAAGACUGCUCAAAUAACGUGACAAUUAUUCUGACACUUUGUGAUUAAUGUUCAGCAGAUAAAUGGUUAUCUGUUACUUAAUGUUAUUUGUGAUAAAUAAAAUGUUUAAAAUAU